AUGCUCGACACGCUCCCAGAUGAGCUCAUCUCCGCCAUCAUCCAAUACUCCGCCGUUCGCCCUCACUCAGCGGCGCCGAGUUGGCGGGAGCUCGCACGGCUGUGUCUAGUGAACCAGCGCAUCAGACGCUGCGCCCAACCCACUCUAUGGCGCUUCCUCGCCCUAGCGCUCCCUCGUCAGCGGCACGCACUCGAUCAGGCGCCCACCCUCCUCUCUUCGCUCGCAACACACCUUCACGUGCACGUUCAUGGGACGGUGCCUGUACCGGGAGUGCAACCGAGCGAGGGCUCAGACCCGGGCGGCUUCGACGGAGAGGCUGAGGCGGAUGAGGAUGCGGCUGCCAGUCCUGCCGAACCGCGCUCUGGCAACCGCGAGGAUGCGGCGGAUGGAGUCGACGAACUAGGCGACGACGAUGACGACUCUGCAAACGGCACGUCGGCGGACUAUAGCGAUGAGGGAACGGUUGACAACGAUUCGCCCUCGCCCAAGUCUUUCGACUUGCAUGUGAUUCCACAUGACCCGCUUGACCCUGUCAAGGAGGAUUUGGGGGUCCUUGACAAGCUGUCGAAUGUCCAGCACUUAUGGGUCUAUGCGGCAACGAUCGACAUCGAAGACACUCGGGACGACGAAGCCGAGAUGACGGAGUUUACGUGCUCGACUCUCGUUCUUGAGUUCUCCGAGUCUAGUGUACUCGAGCGCCUCACUUCCCUCCAUAUUACCCACGGUUUACUGGAGCUGCGCAAUCUCGACUUGGCUGCACCUCUCCGGCUCGUCCGCUUGGCCCUUGGUGGCUACCUCUACAGCAAGACGGACCUCAAGGAGCUGCUCAACCCCAGACUUCUUCCAAACCUGCGCUCCCUCCGCCUCGCGCCCAAUCACACAUACAAAGGCAGCGUUGCGGCGCGCAUCAUUGCGCUCCCGGAACUCGAACCGGUUUUCCUCAGCCAGCUCGACCUCUUCCAGAUCGAAGAAGCCGGACUUUCCAUCCCCCGCUCGUACCUAAACUCGACCACGCCAACGCUCUGCGGCAUGUACGCCGACUUCCGCUACAUCCAGGACGUUCAGUAUCUCCAUCUUCACGACAGCAGUCUCGACUCGUUCGCUCGACGUUGCAUUCUCUGGUGGCGGCAACCCCUUCCUUCCAUGCCCAGGCUUGAAGCCGUUUUCCUGCCUCUGCGCAAGCGCUGCUGGAACAUACGCAGGAACCCCGAGGACUCGCUCAGGCUUGCGUGGGAGGGAAAGGGCGUCAAGAUUAUCGAGUAUUUGGCGGGGCCGGAGCUGGAGCUGGAAGAAUGGAUUCAUGGGGAGGUUGGGUUCGGGGACGACUUUGUUCUCCCCGAGUUCGAGGCGUACAUCAAGGCGAAGCGGGGUCCCGUGUAG